CAGGAUGCUUUACACAUGGAGCAGGAUUUUGUUUCUUAUUUGGAGAAUGGGAAUUUGGAAGAUGCAGAGACACUCUAUGGCACUAUACAUGCCAUGUUUGGCAGUUGUGCUGAUUCAACGUUAAGAAAGCCUGUGCUUCCUGAUUUUUUACUUCGCUUUUCUCCCGGUUGGAUUUACACACGAAUUAUGGGAUUGGCAGUUGAGAUGUUACAAAAACUGAGAGAUUAUAAAGGUGCUGUUGAAUUGCUAGAGCAACUGUUGGAACAGAAAGCAUUUUGUGGUGGCAAACGUGGCUAUUGGUGGGACAGACUUGCAUUAAAUCUCAACCAACAUUUGAAACUUGCAGAGAAGUCUUUAGAUGCCAUUUCUCGUGGUCUUGCUGAUGAUCAUGUACGGACAGGUCAUCGGUUAGCACUGAUAGGAAGAGCAAGGAGAAUCUGUUCCUCUUCUAGCCACACCGAAUUUAGAGAUCAAAUUGCCAAGUUCCCACUUCCCUAUCAACAUGAACCAAAGGAGGUAGAAAUUAAUGGCAGUGUAAUAGCAGACGGGGUUUCUGGUCGGAAAACAGUGUUUAUAAUGGCAGAUGAGUCUUUUGCUGCUGAAGAUGGUGACUUUAUGUUGUCAUCUGUUGAAGACCUUGCACUGAAGCACUAUUUGCAAGCUGAGAAAUGGGAGCAUGGCUUGCAUGCUGAAGGAAGCUCAUUAACUGCUGUAUUUUGUUUACUACUGUGGGAUGUCAUAUUUGCAAGCGGAGUGCCAGAUGUCUUCAGAACAAAGUAUCAGGCUUCUCCUCUUGACUUCGACACUGAUCACUUUUAUGAGAGCAGGAAAGACUUGAUUGAAAAGAGGCUUGCUACAAUGAGCAAUGCAAACAAUGAUGAUUUAUGUGACAUGAUUGCCGGUACCUGGAAUACCCACUAUGGUCAGAUGUGCAUGGGAAUGAAUUGGAAUUUAUUUCCAGGUCAACUCAGGGAUGCCCAGGAUCUUGUUGUCUGCAUUGGUGGUUGUCUGUUAUCCAAGAUUUGUGGACGACUUGCCAAAGAUUACCACCACUGUCGAGGAGGUGUUCCUGAUCUCACUUUGUGGUCACCUACAACUCAUACAUGCAAAUUUGUGGAGGUGAAAGGACCCGGAGAUCGUCUGUCUCCAAAGCAAGUUCUUUGGCUUGAUUUUUUGACAGGAUUGGGAGUGGAUGCUGAAGUUUGUAAAGUCAAAGCUGUGGGAAGUCGUGGAAUUAGGUAAAAUCAAAUGUUCCAGAUAUAUUAGAGUUCGGCAAUACAUACCGUCAGGCACUUAUUCCUUUAGUUGCUUGACAUCUGCACUUGCAGUAGUUUUGUGCUAACUGGUUGAUUGCUUAUUAUUAAUUAUUAUGUAAGAUUUGUAUCGUUAUAGCCCUCAAUAAUGGGCAAGUGGGGUCUUUAUCCCCAUCUGGGCGCUCACCAACCCGACAGGUGAGCCCAGAAGAGUACAUGUUUCUGUGUAGUGCACACGGCGAGCAAUGACUAGGCAAUCGAUAUAGAUUGCAGGCAUUACGGUGACCGCGAACUCGGUUUAGCGCGCCUACUGGAUAUCAAUGACCCCAGGAAAGCGCUGAAACGAGUCGUAGUCUCAUGGG